GUAUUUCACCCGUAAUAUUAAUUCCCACCGAUAUCUAACUCGAACACCACCCUCUUAAAAGGGAGAAUCGAGGGAGAAUCGGAAAAAAAAGCCUAUUCCACACUUUCCGGCUUAUCAGGACGCGAUGGCAUUGUGGGAAGCGGAGAGCGUUUUGUUUGUGGAGUUAUUUGUUUUCAUGCUUUAGUUGGUUGCUUUUUUCACGGCCAGAACUAGCGCAUUGUCGGGCAUUCGGAAGGGAGGGUCAUCGGAAAAAUGAGUCACUUAGAAUGUGGCUCAGUGGUGUGGGUGAGGCUGGGCCAGGCAUGGUGGCCAGGAACAGUGACUACCAUGGCCAAGUGCCCACCAGAGUUUGUGCAAGGAAUUAGGAAAAUGCCACUUUCCAUCGUCAAAUUCUUCCAUGAAAAUGAAUUCCAAGAUGUCCACAAAGCAGAACACAUCUACCCAUACGACUGUGAACGAAAAGAGGAAUUUAUCAAGAAGGGACAAUACAUUAACAAGAACCAAAGCCAUGGCGACGUGGAUCUCCUUGCGAAGUUUGAAGCUGAUGUUGUAACUGCAGAGAAACUUACAGGUGGAGAUAUGAACAUUCUCCAGACCAUGGGAGAAGUUGCUGGUAAGCGCAGAAUAGACUAUAGCGAUCUGGGUUUUGGGCCACCAAAGCCGAAGAAGAAGAAAGAAGACAUGAUCAAGAGGGGAUCAGAUAUUGGCCAGGCUGUUGUAUAUAAAAAGGUUGGGAUAAGAAGUGCAGGUAAUAAGCUUCAGAGAGUUGUCAUAGAACACAAGGUCCGGAUUCUGGAACAACCACGAAAGGAAAACAUGACCCAAGACAUGCGGGAAGCAUCAAACUGGUACAAAUGUUACAGCUGUGGGUAUACGUGUUCCAGGCUUAAUGUAAUAAUUUGGCACAACAAAGCACACAUUAAAAAAGUAUGUAAUUAUGACACAGGUAUAAAAGUCCCAGGAAGAAGGAAGCGCAAACAAGGAACCCCGAGGACAAGUAAGGAAAUGCGAAAGAAAGCCAAAGAUGCAAAAGGCAAAGAAAACUUGGAACACGCCCACACUAAUGGGGAAGUAUCUAGUCCAAAGAAAGAUUCCCAAGACACUCAACAACUUCUCAUGGACUGGGAUGAUGAGGAAGAUGAUGGAGAAGGGGACAGGAUAAAGGCACCACAAGAUAAACGUCGCAAUGAUUCUGAUGAUGGUUACAGUGACAACGACGAUUAUCCUCCACCGCAACCCAAGUACGAGAGACGACCGAUGCCCAAGGCGGCAGAUAUUAAUUCUGCUUUUGAUGCUUUAUUGGCUGCGACACCCAUGACUCCAUCUUCGAAUCAGACAACAAAUUAUGUUAACAAUGAUAGUGAUAGCGACUAUAGCGACUGGGAGAAAUACUAUGCCAGAGAUUCUGGGUCUGAAUCAGAAGAGGAGGAGGUGGCUCAAGAAAGUGAUAUUAAAAGUUUAUGUGAGGAGAAAGAAGGUAUAACCGGCAGAAGUGCCGAUGUUACACCUAAGGAGGAGAAUAAUGAUGUAAGUGACUGUAAAACGGAAGAGGUAGAAGAAACUGGAGAGGAGUACAAGCCAAAUGUUUCUGCUGCUGUAACUGAGGAGGAGGAAACAAAGCGGGUAGAUGUAGUGGAUCAUGGAAACAGUCCGUUGGCUCUGACUCCAGAGCCAGAAGAGCCAGUGGAAACGGAAGAACCAGAAGAACCAAAGCCAGACAUGGCAGAGGGAAGACUAACUCCACCUGUUCAUUAUUUUACUCCAAAUAGUGCUAAAGAUGAACAAAGGGAAGUUGAUGAACCAAAUGUGAUUCAGGAGGAUUGCUCAGAUAACAUUGAAACAGGAGUUACCUCUGAAUCAUUAGAGGAGAGUAGAGAAGCAGUAGAUUCAGUUGAAGAGUCUAGAAUGGAAGUUGAUCAACCUUAUGAAAUGAGUGAGGAUCAGAAUGAUAGUGAAAAUGACUGUAAGCCAGCAGAAGUUGAGGAUUAUUAUCAUGAUGCUGAUGCAUCUGUAGAAGAUUCCAGCCAGAUAGCAGAUAGAAGUAAUGAAAAAGUGACUCAAAAGGUAGAGCCCAAGAUAGUACAAAGAAAAGAGGAGAAAGAAAACUUGGAGGAAGAAGGAAGUGAUGUAGAAGAUAACACAUCAAGCAUUCAUAGCUCUCAGACUAGGUUAGAAUCUGGCUCAGAAAGCACUGCUGAGCCAAUGAGAGUAAGUGAUGUAACUACGUCAUCAGGCUCAGGCACAACUUACAUGUUGGUUGCUGUAGAUGCUCAUGGAAACACAGUGCCAACUGUUCCUACCCCAGCACUCAGUGAAGGUGGUAGCAACCUAGUCGCUGUAGAAGCUACUAUGGAGGAUGGCACUACGAGAACCCUCUAUAUAGAUCCCUCACAAUUAGGUCCUAAUGUUGAUUUGAACAAUCUCAUGCUUCAUAUAGACACCAGUGGACAAGAACAUGUUAUCAUUCCUUCUUCAUCAUCAUCGGAUUCUGAAACGCCAAGUCUUGACCAUAGCAUGUCAGAGGGUCAGGACAGAAAUUAUGCUGACACACAGCCAGAAUACCCAUCCGAACCACAGAAAUACGAGCAAAAAAAUGAUGGGGCUGUUGAACUUGAACACUAUGAGUUGCCCCAAGAAAAGGAGAAAUGUAGGGCAUCUGAAGAGAGUUGUCCCAAGAAUCCCAGCAUUGGUGUGGAAUUGUCAUUAAUGUCUGAGAAGCUGGUGGCCCCCUCAGGCUCCAGGAAUCCAUCAUGUGUUACCAAUGAGGAUUAUCUCUCAAGACCUAGGGGAAAUAUGUGGCCUGAAGUAGGAGAGGGAGAGAGAAUCAUUGUUCGCGCUGAAGUUAAAGCAGAAUUUGACACUGACCUUGGCAAGGAAAACCUACAGUACACAGAACCUGCAUCUGGAUUACACAGAAACAAAGAUAAUUUGCAAGAUAAACAACUGGAAAAUGAAACCAAUAAGCAUUUAACUCUUAAGGCAGCGUUGCACAAACAUCCUAGAGAUGAACUUACCAAAGAAAUAGAACAAAGUAAGACUUUUACAGUUAAUCACAUGCUGUGCAGUGUAAAUACACUGACAGUAGAUUUUAAGAAUCCUAAAAGGGAUUCAGUAGAAAGUACGAAUGAUAGCAAAAAUACCUAUAUUUCUGAUGUAGUAAACAAAGUAGAAUAUGGUUUAGAAGAUUUAGAUUGUUCUGCUGAUAAACAGACCAGUGAAAGGACACGUUCAAAAGGGAGUAGACUUCAGUCUGAUGUCAGGACUAAAGCUAAAUUACCUGAUUUCCAAGAUGGUGAUUUUGGCAGUGAAUUAAGUGUCAUAACACAUAAUGAAAAGUUGAAGUCUGGUGGAUCUGAGAGAAGUGGUGAAGGAGACUCCAUUGAUGAUCAUUUUAAGGAAAGUAGGGUGGAUAAGUCGAAAGGAAAAACUGGAGAUAGAUCUAUGUUCAGUUGGGAGGGUGGUAAGAUGACUCGUAGGAGAAGUGAAAGAAUACAGGAGAGAGAUGGAAGGGUAGAGACACCAAAUGAGGGAAUUGAAAAAAGCCCUUGCCAAAAGUUGCCUGGAAGCAAAAUGGAAUAUAAUAAAGAUAUACAGUGUAAGAGAGGUGGUGCUAAAAGACAGUUAGUAGAGGAUAAGACAAGUGACAUAUUCAGGAGGAAAAAGUACAAAGAAAAGCGAGGAAAUUCUCCCAAAAACAGCCCAGAGGAUUUGAAUGAAAAUAUAAUGGACAUCGAUGAUGAUGAUGAUGACCUUCCAGAUCUGACUGCUUGCCAAGCUGUAAAAGGAACACCAAAAGUAGAAAUUAAGGUAAAUGAUCUGAUUUGGACUUUGCAUAGAGGUUUGUGGUGGCCUUCAUAUGUUAAACAAAAAUAUGCUCGGGAAAAGAAAGUUUCGGUGUUUUUCAUUGGAUGCGACCAAGCCGUUGCAAUCAAAGUGAGAUGGACAAAUACAAGACCAUUCUUCAGUCACCACAUUCCUCCAUAUGUGGACAAAUCUGCACAAGGUCUUUUAGAGGCCCUCCAGCUUUGCAAAUCUUAUUCUCAGUUGCGGGAAUAUAAAAGUAAUAUUACACCACAUUUUUACUUCAGUCUUCCUGUAGAGGAACAAAAUGCCCUGAUGAAUGCAAACACGACUUCAACUUCAGAUGUACAUUCAUCAGACAUUUCUAGGGAGAAUAGAUCUGGUAUAGAGGAGACACCAAAGCUACAUAAAAGAAGUUCACUCAUCAGAUGCAUGGAAAGUGAAGAAAAAAGAAAUACUGCAAGUAAAGAGUUAGUGAUGUCGUCCAGAGACAAAGGGAAACUGAAAGACACAAUUCUGGUAAGGCGAAGGGAAAACGAGAAACUGCUGAGAUAUAUAAGAUCCGAAGAAUGCAUCUCUCACUUGUGGCAGAUCCUUAGAGGGGAGAAAUCGAGUAAACGCCACGAUAUGUACCAAGAAGAAUGUUCUAGGAAAUUGCUCAUGUCUGGCAUUGGCCCCUUCCAUCUGGACCAAGAAGAUGAACAAAUUUUGGAGGUGAUUGACUUUCUACACAAUGAACUGUACUCCAAAAGACCAGAUUUUCCGCAGGCCCAUGAUUAUGCUCUCCGUGUUUGGAUGCCUGAGGCCAUUAAGGAAGCCCUGAGAGUGGUCAGGAAAGUCCCGGAGAGCGAGUUAGAAAAUGCCCUCGACACGGGAUACAGAGAAACCCAGACAGAGAAGAAGGCGCGGCGUCUCGACUUCACCUUCAUGUGAUGCGAAUGUUGGCCAAGGGAUAGGGCUCCUAUUUGUUUUUCUAUAUCAUAUGUUAUUGUUGUUAUAAUUAUUGUAAUUUUUUUUGUUAUUAUUAUUUAUUAUUAUUGUUUAUUAUUAUUAUUAUUGUUAUUAUAAUUAUGAUUAUAAUUAUUACUUUCAUCAUCAUCAUCAUCAUCACUAAUCAUCAAUAAUCAUGUCAUCACUAUUAUUAUUAUC